AUGUACAAAUGUACAGGAUUUCCGCCUUCGCCCUGCCCUACACCCUCUGUCAGGAUUUCUAAGGUGUUACCCUCAGAAUUCGGACAUCCCCGCAACUGCUGGAGCCACCCCUGUCACCUCAAACCAGCGGCUGCACUCUCCUCCUGCCCCCACAGCUGCUGGAGCCACCUCCGUCACCUCUGGCCAGCAGCUGCACUCUCCUCCUGCCCCCGCAGCUGCUGCAGCUACCACCGUCACCUCAGGCCAGCGGCUGCACUCUCCUCCUGCCCCCGCAGCUGCUGGAGCCACCACCGUCACCUCAGGCCAGCGGCUGCUGCCCCCGCAGCUGCUGGAGCCACCACCGUCACCUCUGGCCAGCGGCUGCACUCUCCUCCUGCCCCCGUAGCUGCUGGAGCCACCACCGUCACCUCUAGCCAGCGGCUGCACUCUCCUCCUGCCCCCGCAGCUGCUGGAGCCACCACCGUCACCUCAGGCCAGCGGCUGCACUCUCCUGCUGCCCCCGCAGCUGCUGGAGCCACCACCGACACCUCAGGCCAGUGGCUGCACUCUCCUCCUGCCUGCACUCUCCUCCUGCCCCCGCAGCUGCUGGAGCCACCACCGUCAGCUCAUGCCAGACGGCUGCACUCUCCUCCUGCCCCCGCAGCUGCUGGAGCCCCCACCGUCACCUCAAGCCAGCAGCUGCACUCUCCUCCUGCCCCCGCAGCUGCUGGAGCCACCACCGUCACCUCUGGCCAGCGACUGCACGCAGCUGCUGGAGCCACCACCGUCACCUCUGGCCAGAGGCUGCACUCUCCUCCUGCCCCCGCAGCUGCUGGAGCCACCACCGUCACCUCUGGCCAGCGGCUGCACUCUCCUCCUUCCCCCACAGCUGCUAGAGCCACCACCGUCACCUCUGGCCAGCGGCUGCACUCUCCUCCUGCCCCUGCAGCUGCUGGAGCCACCACCGUCACCUCUGGCCAGCGGCUGCACUCUCCUCCUGCACCCGCAGCUGCUGGAGCCACCACCGUCACCUCUGGCCAGCGGCUGCACUCUCCUCCUGCCCCCGCAGCUGCUGGAGCCACCACCGUCACCUCAGGCCAGCGGCUGCACUCUCCUCCUGCCCCCGCAGCUGCUGGAGCCACCACCGUCACCUCUGGCCAGCGGCUGCACUCUCCUCCUGCCCCCGCAGCUGCUGGAGCCACCACCGUCACCUCUGGCCAGCGGCUGCACUCUCCUCCUGCCCCCGCAGCUGCUGGAGCCACCACCGUCACCUCUGGCCAGCGGCUGCACUCUCCUCCUGCCCCCGCAGCUGCUGGAGCCACCACCGUCACCUCUGGCCAGCGGCUGCACUCUCCUCCUGCCCCCGCAGCUGCUGGAGCCACCACCGUCACCUCUGGCCAGCGGCUGCACUCUCCUCCUGCCCCCGCAGCUGCUGGAGCCACCACCGUCACCUCUGGCCAGCGGGUGCACUCUCCUCCUGCCCCCGCAGCUGCUGGAGCCACCACCGUCACCUCUGGCCAGCGGCUGCACUCUCCUCCUGCCCCCGCAGCUGCUGGAGCCACCACCGUCACCUCUGGCCAGCGGCUGCACUCUCCUCCUGCCCCCGCAGCUGCUGGAGCCACCACCGUCACCUCUGGCCAGCGGCUGCACUCUCCUCCUGCCCUCGCAGCUGCUGGAGCCACCACCGUCACCUCUGGCCAGCGGCUGCACUCUCCUACUGCCCGCGCAGCUGCUGGAGCCACCACCGUCACCUCUGGCCAGCGGCUGCACUCUCCUCCUGCCCCCGCAGCUGCUGGAGCCACCACCGUCACCUCUGGCCAGCGGCUGCACUCUCCUCCUGCCCCAGUAGCUGCUGGAGCCACCACCGUCACCUCUGGCCAGCGGCUGCACUCUCCUCCUGCCCCCGCAGCUGCUGGAGCCACCACCGUCACCUCAGGCCAGCGGCUGCACUCUCCUCCUGCCCCCGCAGCUGCUGGAGCCACCACCGUCACCUCUGGCCAGCGGCUGCACUCUCCUCCUACCCCCGCAGCUGCUGGAGCCACCACCGUCACCUCUGGCCAGCGGCUGCACUCUCCUCCUGCCCCCGCAGCUGCUGGAGCCACCACCGUCACCUCUGGCCAGCGGCUGCACUCUCCUCCUGCCCCCGCAGCUGCUGGAGCCACCACCGUCACCUCUGGCCAGCGGCUGCACUCUCCUCCUGCCCCCGCAGCUGCUGGAGCCACCACCGUCACCUCUGGCCAGCGGCUGCACUCUCCUCCUGCCCCCGCAGCUGCUGGAGCCACCACCGUCACCUCUGGCCAGCGGGUGCACUCUCCUCCUGCCCCCGCAGCUGCUGGAGCCACCACCGUCACCUCUGGCCAGCGGCUGCACUCUCCUCCUGCCCCCGCAGCUGCUGGAGCCACCACCGUCACCUCUGGCCAGCGGCUGCACUCUCCUCCUGCCCCCGCAGCUGCUGGAGCCACCACCGUCACCUCUGGCCAGCGGCUGCACUCUCCUCCUGCCCCCGCAGCUGCUGGAGCCACCACCGUCACCUCUGGCCAGCGGCUGCACUCUCCUCCUGCCCCCGCAGCUGCUGGAGCCACCACCGUCACCUCUGGCCAGCGGCUGCACUCUCCUCCUGCCCCCGCAGCUGCUGGAGCCACCACCGUCACCUCUGGCCAGCGGCUGCACUCUCCUCCUACCCCCGCAGCUGCUGGAGCCACCACCGUCACCUCUGGCCAGCGGCUGCACUCUCCUACUGCCCCUCCAGCUGCUGGAGCCACCACCGUCACCUCUGGCCAGCGGCUGCACUCUCCUCCUGCCCCCGCAGCUGCUGGAGCCACCACCGUCACCUCAGGCCAGCGGCUGCACUCUCCUCCUGCCCCCGCAGCUGCUGGAGCCACCAUCGUCACCUCUGGCCAGCGGCUGCACUCUCCUCCUGCCCCAGCAGCUGCUGGAGCCACCACCGUCACCUCUGGCCAGCGGCUGCACUCUCCUCGUGCCCCCGCAGCUGCUGGAGCCACCACCGUCACCUCUGGGCAGCGCCUGCACUCUCCUCGUGCCCCCGCAGCUGCUGGAGCCACCACCGUCACCUCUGGCCAGCGCCUGCACUCUCCUCCUGCCCCCGCAGCUGCUGGAGCCACCACCGUCACCCUCUGGCCAGCGGCUGCACUCUCCUCCUGCCCCCGCAGCUGCUGGAGCCACCACCGUCACCUCUGGCCAGCGGCUGCACUCUCCUCCUGCCCCCGCAGCUGCUGGAGCCACCACCGUCACCUUCUGGCCAGCGGCUGCACUCUCCUCCUGCCCCCGCAGCUGCUGGAGCCACCACCGUCACCCUCUGGCCAGCGGCUGCACUCUCCUCCUGCCCCCGCAGCUGCUGGAGCCACCACCGUCCCCUCUGGCCAGCGGCUGCACUCUCCUCCUGCCCCCGCAGCUGCCGGAGCCACCACCGUCACCUCUUUUGCUUAA